AUGCGGAGAACAUUGUCCGCCUUUGCCACAGUCGACGACCUCGUCACCCACCUUCGCACUAGUGACACUCGCUACCGGGCCGCGCUUCCCACCAAGUUUCUAGACAAGAACCCUCCCCCCAUGUACAUCACUCUCUACUUCAUCGUCACCCGCCUCCUUGACUCUCUUAGCGCAGUCAGGGACCUCUUUCUCACCAUGGACCCCACUGACCUCACUGUCGACCUGCUCAAGAAGCACCUCCUUGCACCAGAGGCUAGCAUAGUCAUUGUAGGUGCUGCUCGUGGCACUCCUCGCACUCCCUUCUUUGAGGGGUGUUCCCCCUCCCCCCUUGCCCUCUCUUUCGCUUCUGCUGUUGCUGUUGACUUCCUACGUGCAGAGGAGGUCGGGGCUACGUCUGCUCCUAGUGGGAGGCGCCGCAGCGGCAAGGGCAAGGGAGGCAGCAGCGGUGGAGGCGGUGGUGGAGGCAGUGGAGGCAGUAGAGGUGGCAGUGGGAGCGGUGGGAGUGGUGGUGGGUGUGGAGGCGUUGGUGGCGGCGAUGGUGGUGGUAGUGGGAGUGGUGGCGGCGGCAGUGGUGGCAGCAGUGGGAGUGGUAGCGGCAGCAGUGGUGGCGGUUGGGGUGGAACCAGUUAG